CUCAUUCACCAACAGUGCUGGCCUGUGCCUGGCGGGGUCCUCACUGCGGGACAGCGCCUGCCCUCCUGGGGACUUCAGUCCAAGGGAGAGCGAGGCAGUAGAUAAUCACAGAAAUCGAGGUGUUGCUGUAAGUCGGAUACGGAAGCUGAGAGCCAAACAAGGCAGGGGAAGGCAUUCCCGGCAAAGGGCAACGAAGAGAUAGCAACUGGGACAAGGCCACUGCAGAUUGGAGAAGCGCAGGAGAACAUGAUAGGUUUUGUGGGAUUUUUGCCUUUUAUUCUAAGAACAGUGGUAAGCCCCGAGAAGUUUUAAGAUUUGUUUAACUGUUCAAGAUUUGUUUCAAAAACAGCCUGACUCAGGGAGUGAAGUGGGCGGGGUGGAACUGGCCCUGUGGAGGUGACGUGGGGUGUGUGGGGGCCCUCAGGAAAUGAGAGGAAGGAAGAAGGCCGGUAGGUGGGGGUGACAGCUAUGAGUCUGGCAUGAGGAACUUGGAAGUUGGAGAUGCCAUUUGUCAAACUGGACAACGGAGGAGGAGCCAGGUGAGAUUUGAGAUGCUGGAGGGACAUAUAGGCUGCCCAUCUGGGUUCCCUAGGCUGUGCUCAGAGCAGGGCUGAGAAGCAUUUGAGAGUCAUGGGCGUCUGGAUGGCUUUUCACACUCUGUACCUAUGUCUUAUCAAGGUGCUUGGACACUGGAGUGAGAUCCUGUCCACCAUGGCCAGGCGCCCCCGGAGCAGCAGAGCAUGGCAUUUUGUCCUUAGUGCAGCCCACCGAGAUGCAGAUGCCCGGGCCAUGGCUCUGGCAGGGACCACUAACUGGAGCUAUGACUCUGAUGGGCAGCACAGUGACUCUGACUCUGACCCUGAGUACUUGUCCCUGCCGCCGUCCAUCCCCAGCGCUGUGCCUGUGACAGGAGAGUCCUUCUGCAACUGUGAUAAUCAGAGCGAGGCCUCCUUCUGCAGCAGCCUGUACACGGCGGCCCACCGGGGCAAGGACUGCCGCUGUGGGGAAGAAGAUGAGUAUUUUGACUGGGUCUGGGACGACCUGAAUAAGUCCUCGGCCACCCUGCUGAGCUGUGACAACCGGAAGGUCAACUUCCAUGUGGAGUAUAGCUGUGGCACAGCGGCCAUUCGAGGCACCAAGGAGCUGGGGGAAGGGCAGCACUUCUGGGAGAUCAAGAUGACUUCACCUGUCUAUGGCACUGAUAUGAUGGUGGGCAUCGGGACAUCAGACGUGGACCUAGACAAGUACCACCACACGUUCUGCAGCCUGCUUGGCAGGGAUGAGGAGAGCUGGGGCCUCUCCUACACAGGGCUCCUCCACCACAAGGGUGAUAAGACGAGCUUCUCCUCACGGUUCGGCCAGGGCUCCAUUAUUGGCGUGCACCUGGACACCUGGCAUGGAACACUGACCUUCUUCAAGAAUAGGAAGUGCAUAGGAGUGGCAGCCACCAAGCUGCAGAACAGAAAGUUCUAUCCGAUGGUGUGCUCCACGGCGGCGAAGAGCAGCAUGAAGGUCAUCCGCUCCUGUGCCAGCGCCACCUCCCUGCAGUACCUGUGCUGCCACCGCCUGCGCCAGCUGCGGCCCAACUCUGGGGACACACUUGAAGGCCUGCCCCUGCCACCUGGCCUCAAGCAGGUGCUACACCACAAGCUGGGCUGGGUCCUGAGCAUGAGCUGUGGCCACCACAAGUCCCCUGCGCCCUCACCCAAGGCCACGGCCAGUCCCAACAGCCCAGAGACCCGGCGCUACCAGAGGAAGCGCUGCCGAAGGACCUAACUUAUUUUCCAGUGAAAACUGCCUUCUGAGGCUGAGACAGCAUUUUCUCCAUCCUUUCCCUCAGGCCAUGCUCCAGGGUAACAGGAGAGGGAGGAGUUGAGCCCAGGGUCUGUCUGGACUGUCCCUCCACCAUCAGAGGCUGGGACGGGCCUUGCCACAGGAGUCCAGGGGCCAUAGGCCCUGGGAUCCUGAUACCAGGACUGUCUUGAGUCCAUCUGCUUCGUGUGGCAGGUAUGGAAGCAGCUGCUUCCCUCCUUAGAGUCCCUUGGGAGUGGCCACCCCAGCACUUCUGGACUGAGACUGCAGGACUGGGAGGCUGUGGUCUGCACCCUCAUCAGAGGUCAGCUUUCCUGUAGCCACCAGCCUUGGGGAACCUUGGGUUUGUCCUUAUUUGCUUUGCAUGUUGUCAGUUGUUCCUGUCCAAGACCGAAACAGCCGUAAUAAACUUAAGAGUUUAUGCCUGACACCUCCAUA